UGGCGGACAUGGGCCUCCACACCUGGAGCUGACAGAGGGGAGGGAGCCGUGGACCCACAGUCAAAAGCGGGAAGGGGCGGGAUUCGAUCUGAAAGUGUGUGGAGAAGACGGGACGAGGAGCCCAGAGCCGUGAACGCAGCAUCGCAGGCCAACAUGGCGUCGAGAAGAGCAGGAAAACAACUUGACCUUCGUGUAUUUUUCAAAACGAAAGACACAGGAAUUAUGGAGGAAGAUGAACUCGAGAUGACCAAAGGGGAGCUCCAAAAGUGGAUCCGGGAGCAAGUAAAUAAGAACAGGCUGAUAAUAGACAUGAUGGAGAAAUGCGAUCUCAUGCAAUCUCUGCUGGAACGGAGGCAGAAACAGGCUGCCCAGCUCCUGAAGCUCUAUGGGUCUGUGGCAGAAUGUGAAGAAAUGGUGAAGAAGCAAUACUCUUCGCUGGGGUGGGAGUACAGUAACACAGAUUCUGAUGAUGAUAAUGCAGAAGGAUGUGGAAGCAAACCUCCAUCCUCACCUGAGUUUCUCCACACUAAGAAUUGCGUCCUCAGCCAUCCUACAACAAUUUGCUCCUCUCCACUGUUACCGAAUCCUAAGGACAGUGAGAGCCUCUUGAGAGAUAAUGACGAAAAACUUGUCAGUCUAAAGAGAAAAUUAGUCUGUCUGAAGAGACAACCAGUGGUGUUGUUGACUAGACUCUCUACAGACAAGCUCUAUUCUGUUUGUCCACCUACGCCUCAGGAUCACAGUAGUAAAGAUGAAUCAUUUAACAAUUCGGGUUCUGAUCCAUCCUGGGAACCACCGGUGGACUCAUCUGACUCUGAGUACUCCAUCUCUAGUUUUAAUUCUGGAUCAAACAAGAGGAGAAAAAUUGAUCCAGAACACAAGGAACCUGCUAAAAGUCCUGCAAGACCCGAAGCCAGUGCAGAUGCUGUUGCUAAAAGCAUCAAAGCGAAAAGCUCUGAUGCUUGGAGCAACCUGAAAAAACAUAAUGGCACCAACAGCAACACAACAGAAAAUACUGGUGCUGCAAGCACGGCAGCAAAAAGUUCUGACACUAAGAGCAACACACCAAAAAGUACUCGUCCAAAGGGCUUUGCAACAAAAAGCACUGGUGCAAGAUACAAUGUAGCAAAAAGCUCAGAUGCCAGAAGCAUUGCCCUAAGAUGUUCAGACGAUAAGAGCUCCGCAGCAAAAGGUUCAGACACUAAGAGCGACACAACAAGAAGUACUCGUCUUAAGGGCUUCGCAACAAAAAGUACUGGUGCUAAGUGCAACACAGCAAAAAGUUUGGAUGCCAAGAAAAUAGCAUCAGAAAGUUCUGACACUAAGAGCAUAGCAGCGAAAAGUUCUGAUGUCAAGAGCAACACACCAAAAAGUUCUGAUGUCAAGAGCAACACACCAAAAAGUUCUGACGUCAAGAGCAACACACCAAAAAGUUCUGACGUCAAGAGCAACACACCAAAAAGGACUGAUGUCAAGAGCAACACACCAAAAAGGACUGAUGUCAAGAGCAACAUGCCAAAAAGUACUGGUGCUAAGUCCAACACAGCAAAAACAUCAACACCCCCGGCCAGCGCAAAUACCAACGCUGAGAGCAACAGGGUGAAAACAUCACCACAGCCUGCAAAAUCCAAUGGAGGAUCCUCCGUGGGCACCGAGACAAAAGACCCUUCUGAGUUGCCAAAGAUCAUUGUGAACAUAGAUGUCCUGGCCAGAAGGAAGUGCAGGGACUGGCAACGGGGGAAAAUCCUGGAUAUAGUAACAAAGGACAAUGGUAGGUUAAAAUACAAGAUCAGUUUUGAGGAGAAGGAGAGGAGUAAGAGUCUCGUCUCCGGUAACCACAUCGCCUUUGAUCGUAUGCCAAAUGUGGAUCAGCUGGCUGUCGGGACUCGUGUGGUGGUCAAGUGCGGAGGUGAAGAGACCCGGUUCUGUUCUGGUAUUGUGGCAGAGCUCCCCAACAGGAAAAACCGCAUGAGGUUCCUAGUCUUUAUGGAUGAUCAAAUACCAAUCUAUGUUGGCUUACCUUGCCUUCACCUGGUGUGCAGACCACUGGCAGAUCCUUUGGACGAUAUUCUAGAUGAGAACCACAGGAACUUUAUCAAGUUGUAUUUAGAGGCCCAGCCUUACCCGCCCCAGACGCAGUACAGGGUCGGACAGAUAAUAAACGCAGAAUUUGAAGGCUUCCUGCAGAAGUGUGAGGUUCUGAAAGUUGACUGCAGCUUGAUGCAGGUCGUUUUUCAGAGAGAUAAACAUAAGGAGUGGAUCUACCGAGGCUCUAUUCGCUUGGAGCACAUGAAGAAGAUGAUGCCGCGGUUGGAGUCGAAAAAGGCCGCCGGGCAAGAGAUUAAGGCUACCACUGUAAAAGUGUCAGAAAAAUCGUCAUGAUGAUGGGACCGUGAAUGUGUGAAGAGGACUGGAUGUUGUGUUCCAAGAUGGUGCCACACAUUCAGUGACAGUUGCGAGUUCCAUGGGCCACUGUUGUGCUUCAGAUCAGACAUGCUUCAUGUUUGUGACAUGCAGUUUUUGACUGGGGCCAGGAUACACAGAAUCAUCCCACUGUCAAGUUGGACCCUGUUGGAUCAAAUGAAAAAUGACAAACUGUCAUGAAGUUAUAUGAAUGCAUUGUUUUUUUAUGUGUGUUUGUAUUACAACUUUUAAUAAAUAAAUAAAAUCGUCACCUUUUA